AUGACCGGAAACGUAUGGUUCAUCGCAGGCGCAAGCAACGGCUUCGGCCGCGCAAUCGGGCUCGAGGCCCUGCGGCACGGCGACCACGUCGUCGCGACCUCGCGCAACCCAGCCAAAAUGGCUGAUCUGCAGGAAGCGGGGGCCCUGGUGCUGGCCCUGGACGUGACGUCCGACGACGCGACGAUCCAGGCGGCGCUGCAGAAGGCCGUCGAUGCCUACGGCAAGAUCACGCAUUGCAUCAACGCGGCCGGGUAUCUGCUCGAGGCGGUUAUUGAGGAGGCCUCAGCCAGAGAAGCCUUCGACCAGUACAACACGAACGUCCUCGGCAUCAUGAACCUCACGCGCAACGCGCUGCACCACAUGCGGCCCCAGCGCGCCGGCGUGAUCGCCAACUUCGGCAGCCUCGGCAGCUGGCGCGGCUCCCCCUCCUCCGCGUACUACUCGUCGACGAAGUGGGCGAUAUCGGGGUUCACGGAAGCCUUAGCCGAGGAAGUGCGGCCGCUCGGCAUUUCCGGUGUGGUCAUCGAGCCGGGGUACUUCCGCACGGGCUUUCUCAACGCCGGGGGCGGGAACCGGAUCCGGGCGGCGCACCCGCUGACGGAGGAGUACCGGGGCACGCCGGCGCAGGCGGUGAAGGAACGGCUGGAUGUUGUGGAUGAUAACCAGCCGGGGGAUGUGGGGAAGGGGGCGAAGGUGAUCGUGGAUGUGCUGACGCGGACGGGGGUGGCGCGGGGGAGGGAGAUACCGGUGAGGCUUGCGCUGGGGAGGGACUGUCUGGAGGUGAUUAGGGGGAAGAUGCGGGACACGGAGGCGCUGCUGAGGGAGUGGGAGGAUGUUAUUGUUAGUACGGAUCAUGACGAUGUUCAGCUGAAGAAAUAA